UUUAGGAAAUCGGAUAUGGACAGCUCAUUAUCGCACAAAGAUUACCACGAUGAUCUAUAUGACCCUAUAGCACUUAUGGACACGUAUAAUGAUCCUGAAAAUAAAGAGUUUGUUGAUGCUUUGGUGAUACACCCAGGCCGGAUGCUGACAAGAAUAUUUAGCUCCGGUAUUCUGAAGGGAGGCACAAUGAUCGACUUAGUCUCUGGCCCGACCCUUGCCCAUUUAUUUGUGUUCACUGAUUACUUCAAGGAAAUCAUUGUACUGGAUUCAGCAGAUGCCAGUAUAUCUGAAAUAAAGAAAUGGCUGAAAAACGACCCGGACGCUGUUCACUGGUCUCAUGCAGCCAAGCAUAUAAGUGUGCAAAAGGGGGGAAGGAGUACAUGGGAAGAGGAGGAGGAAAAAUUGAGAAAAGCCAUUACACAAGUCUUAAAAUGCGAUUUCUCCAAAGACAACCCUGUGGAGCCGGUGUUACUGAAUCCUGUGAACUGUGUGUUCUCUUCCUUCUAUCUGGAGUCUGUUAGCAAAGAUCGUGAGACUUAUACCGAUAACUUGAGGAAGGUGGGGUCACUCCUGAAUGUCGGAGGUCACCUUGUCCUAUUUGUCCCCAUUAACAUGACCUUCUACAAGAUCGACUGCCACAAGUACUCUGUUCUGUCUGUGGAUAGCGACUUUGUGAUAAAAUCGAUCACGGAGGCAGGAUUUUCCAUCGUCCAUUCUGAGCAGUACCAGUCUGCUAUGAGAAGUCAUUUGUGUGACCAAUCACACAUACUCUUUGUUGUUGCAGUCAAAAAAGAAUAAGAGGUUUAUUCAUGGAAAUAAAAAAGUGUCCUCUGAAACUGUAUGUAAAUUCAUUCUGUGAGAAUGCUGUCGUAACUAGACUUUUUUCUGUUUAGACCGAAUGUUCUUUAUCUAUAGAUUUAUAGUAGUAGCGUUUCCUGGAAAAUACCUCAUUACAGCCACUAGAUGGAGCUGAUGUUCAUAGGAAAUAAAUACUUAUUUGCUACGAUCUUCAGCUCCAUUUAGGCCUAUAUUCACAAC